UCUAACCCAGAGCAAACUGUACUCAGCGUAUGCUCUCCGAACUGUUGUUAUGGAGAAAUUUCCAGUGAGAGGAGAGGACCCGGCAGUCUCUUCGACGUCUGCAGUAACAGUAAUGGUGCGCUGUCGGGGGCUCUGAAGUCUGUGCGCGCCCGUCGGUUUUUGUUGGAGUCUUUGAGCCGUGCGCUUCAGCUUGGAUACAAGACACAGGAUCUGCUGCUGUUGCUUCGUUAUCUGAAGUUUUACACUUUGCUGCUUCUUGCAUGCACUAUUUUUUUUUCUUUUUCUUCUUGUUCUGAAGCGCAUCUGUGGCUGUUCCACUUUGUGUUUUUGUACUGGGGAGCAUCCAGAUAUGUUUUCUCCAAGAAGUUUAGCAGCCCUGCAGUCACUCUCCUGAACUCCAAUAUUUCCAUUUAUUGUUGUUAUUAUUUUUGUUGUUGCUGUUGUUGUUAUACUUUACUUGAACACUUCAGAGGUUUUAAACUGACAAAGGGGGAAAUGGCCAAAGUGGGGAAACCGCGGCUUUGUGUCAUGACAAAAGGGGAGAACGGGUAUGGAUUUCACUUGCAUGGCGAGAAAGGAAAGAGCGGCCAAUUCAUCCGCAAAGUGGAGGCUGGCUCCCCCGCAGAAGCGUCAGGGCUGCGUGCCGGUGACAGGGUGGUCGCAGUGAACGGAGUAAACGUGGAGAAGGAGACGCACCAUCAGGUGGUACAGAGGAUUAAGGCCAUGGACAACAAGACCAGGUUGCUGGUGGUUGACUCUGAGACCUAUGAAAGCCUACGCAGCCUGCGCCUCACAGCAACAGAGGAUAUGGCCGUCCUUAGAAUUGGAAAUCCUUCCUCCUCUUCCUCUCCACCUGUGUCUCCUUCUCCUGCACCAUCGUCAACGCCAUCUUCCCCCUCCAAGAAGCGGGAGAAUGGCUCUGUGUCCAAGCAGCCCGUCACAGUGAGUGGCCAGGUGCAGAAGCCCACUAGGAGGUCACCGUCUAAGGCUGCAAAGAAGGAGGCCCAGGCUGAAGCUCAAACCCAGCCCGAGUCCCAGUCGAGGCCCCAGGUCGACCCAUCCGAGCUCGCUCCACGUCUCUGCCACCUGGUGCGGUCGGAGAUGGGCUACGGCUUCAACCUUCACAGUGAUCGGUCGCGGCCCGGACAGUACAUACGCUCCCUGGACCCCGGGUCACCUGCAGACCGUGCCGGGCUCCAGCCUCAAGACAGACUCAUAGAGGUUAAUGGCGUUAACAUCGAGGGCAUGCGGCAUGCAGAGGUGGUGGCCUUCAUCAAGAAAGGGGGAGAUGAAACCUGGCUGUUGGUGGUGGAUCCAGAAACAGACGAGCACUUCAAGAGGAGGGGAUUGAUCCCCACAGUCAGCCAUGUAAAAGACUAUGACGGUCCAUCCAUAUCCAAUGGCUCCCCCAGUCCUCAGAUCAAUGGCAGCUCUACCACUCAGUCCAUCCGGUCCACGCACUCUGACCUCAGCAGCCAGGGCAACAGCACGCAGGUGGAUCUGGCAGAUGAUGAAGGUGGCCAGCUGUCUGAUCCUUUUGCCGAGAUGGGCCUGAGUCUCAGCGCUACGGCGGCAGAAGAAAAGAUGAAGGUCCGUGGUAAAGAAAAGAGGAAGGCCCCGCAGAUGGACUGGACGAAGAAGCAUGAGCUCUUCAGCAAUUUCUGAGACAUUCUGCUCUAAGGACACGACAAAGGACAGAGCUCUAUGCAGAUCCCUGAAUGGGAGACUUAUCCUCUUGAUAUACAGAUUCUCUUCUUCUUAGACAAAGAACCAAGAUAACCCUUAAAACAGAAGAUAUUUUCAUCCUGGGAUUUAAUGUGACAGAACUGUUCGAAGGAUUUUACUUCUUAAGUGACUUAAUAGUUCCUUUUCGUUCAAGUCCAGCAUAAAGGAAGUGCUAUAUGACUUUGUGACUGCAAAAAAUAUGCUCAGAAGGGAACUUUGUCCUUACAUGUACUGCUGUCCUUGGGGAAAGUGCAGUCAAAUAUUCACAAAUUUGCCUUUGUCUUUACUUGAUUAUCCCAUUCUCCCUACUCCUAGAGACUCUUUUUGACAGCUAUUUUUAUAUUUAAAAAGUAUAAGCGACUAUGAUUAAACAGUAUCCCAUCAUCGUGGACUGCGUUUGAGAGACUUUUGAGGACACUGUGACAUGAAUGAUUGUGGAUAAUGUGGGGAUUUUGUCCCACAGAAGUCAUAAGAAGCCCAAAGUUUGACAGAAGAUCACUGUGAAAGAGUUGAGACCCUCCACCUUCAGCCCAUUGAUCCCAUGUUUGAUUGUAACCACUGAUAAAGAAAAUGAUAGUUGAGCAUAGUGUAUCCUACAUGUAUUUGUACCUUUACUUUGAGUCGAUUACUUUGAUUUAAGAAUCCCCUACUUGCUAUUUAACCAUUAGUCGUAAUAAGUGUAUCACCACUAACCUCUAUUUACAAAGUGCUCCAGUGCACACAUGCAUAACAAAGGGAGGCACCACUAUUAUUAAUUGUCUCAUUGAAGGAAAUAAUAGGCAUGAAAAGUGAGGGAGUUUCUCAGGGGAAAUAGUGUGAGGGAUGAGUUUUGUUGUUGUUAUUGAAGGCUCGAUGUGUACAGCAGGGGGCGAACUUACACCAUGAAUAGAGACCCCCUUUUGGCACUAAACGGAAUAGAUGUUUAUCCAGACUUCAUUCAUCAUCUUAAAAUGUCCCAGAAACAUUAAAUAAUUCAGAUGAAGUGGAGAAAAUAAACUUUAGAUAAUUUGAAGAUGUAUUUGUAUUAGACAGCAUUAUUCAGAUUUAAUGUGAAGUGGCCUACACUUUAUGAGCUAGUUAUGUUUUGUUGGACUUUGAUUCAAAGGUAAGUUGUUAAAUAUGAAUGUAUGAAGCUCAGCAUCAUUUUAUAAGUAGCUUUGGAAGGAAAAUGUAAUUGCUGGCCACGUGCUAAUAAUCAGUCAGUAUUAACUAUAGUAUUGUCUUGUAAACGGGAAGUUUAUCAAGUUGAUUUGUGCUCAAGGAAGGUCAAUAUUUUGUGACAGUGCUGAGAGAAACUCCUGAGCCACCUUUCAUUUUUUUCUACAUUUUGCUAGGAAAUAGGAAAUGUAUGCAGUGAUUUAACAAAACAUGCAAAUAUACUUGUAAAUACAGUAUGUAAGGCAAAACUUCUGAUGAGAUUGUAAGUCAAUAUUUUAUAUGACCACCUUAAUUUUUCAACAUAGCCUGAAUUCUUUUAAUGGCUUUCUUGUUAUUUCUCUCUUUUUUUCUCGAUAGGUUGAAAGUAACAAAGUGUCUAAAGAUAUCAUUUUAAACUGGUUCUUUGCUAAGUUGUCUGUUAUGUCUACAUACAAGAUUGGUUUAUCCCUUGGGUUAGAUGCCUUUUUUAAGCUUGAAUGAGUCAUAGGUCAGUUUUAAGUGCUUAACAAAAAAAGAAGGUACAAAGACUGGACUGAAAAUGAUUGAAAAAGCAGCCAAUUUCAAAACAAGAGAGAAAAAUUACAAGAAAAUUGGCUCUAUGAAAACAAAAUAGGAAAAAAUGAAGGGUGGCUCAAGUCUGUUGCACAACUCUGUACACUUACCUGCUUUCGGCCAGAUAUAAAGCAACUGUGUCCGGAAGGAACAAAUUCACCUAGAAAGCCCACUAAUUAACUUGUGUGGUUUAUUUUAAUGAUAUUUUUUCUUUUUAAUGAGCUUUUGAGACAAACUGGAGAAAAGAUGAGAGCCAAAACGCUUUUUUUUAUCUCUUUAACUGCACAUCGCUAGGCUAGCUGUUAACGUAUUUGUGCUAAGCUAAGUUAGCCAGCUACUCCCUACAGCUUUCUAUUUUACUUACAAACAAUAGAAUGGCAUCUAUCCUCUCACAAUACAAAAACUAAAACUAUGAGUAUUUAUCAUAACAUUGAACUAUUUAAUGUUCAGCUUUUCAAUAUAAGAGGAUCCAUGCAAGUACACUCGUAUAGAUUGCAUAUGAAGCUAAAUAUCUGUAUGUAUGUAUUCUGUAAGUGACAGCCCUGCUUGACCACUGCAAGAAGACAGUACGUUGGAGUCAUGGUAUCUAUCACCUACAGCUUGAGCAGUUUGUGUGGUGUGUUGUAGGUUGUAGGGAGUGUCAGAGAAGCACACAUUGAGGUCAGAGAUGCUCUGGAGGAUCUAGUGGAAGAGACUGUGGGAGCCAUGGAGCUUACCGAGGAUUAUUACACAUACAGGGACAGCUGUCAUACACAUGCUCACACACGUUGGGUGCACAAUGUGUGUGGAGAGGAGUUAUACAUGCCAUAAUCCAACCAAUAUUGAUAUAAUGUAUGACAGCAAGUGGAUUUCUGUACUCAUUCACGACCACAGUCUUUCCACACAGUGUCGUGAUUCAUCUUCAGUGUCUGUCUGUGUGCGCUGUAGGGCUCGCUCUGUAUGUUCUGACAAUCAGCAAAGCAGUCUCUUGUUAUUGCGGCUCAUGUUUGUACAGUAAAAGAAUACGGUAUAUGUGGCAGGUUGCAUUUUUUUUUCAAUAAAGUGUGACAAUGGUGUUUCCAUCACU